CGCGCAUGCUCAGCGUGGAACUCCGGGACUGAUAGGCGCGCAGAGCGACAUGGCUCCCCACUCUUUCCCGCCUUCGGCGUGGCGGCGGGGAAAGAGGGCGGUUCGACCUUUAGAGGUGGAAGGAGUUCUGAGGAGGGAGUGUGUUGUGUCAGUAAUGUUAUAGACUCUCCUAUCCAAGGCAUUCCAUCUACUCUUGCUUUUGCUGCUCCCAACAAGACUGUGGACUUGUUUGAGAUGAUUGAAAAAAUGCAGGGGAGUCGUCUGGAUGAACAAAGAUGUUCCCUUCCAGCUCCUCUCAAGACAGAAGAAGAGUAUAUUCCUUACCCCAGCAUCCAUGAGGUAUUACAGAAAGGGUGGCCAUAUCCUCUCAUUAUCUUACCCCAGUUUGGGGGCUACUGGAUUGAAGGGACAAGCCACAACCUCUCCAGUCCAACUCUCUCUGAUGUACCCUUUCCCUGGAGUGUUAAGGUGAAACUGGAGAGUGACCCCACAGCCAAGCUAUACCGCAAGCAUUUCCUAGGGAAGGAGCACCAGAACUUUUAUUCCAGUGAUGUGUCCUUGGGCUACUUGAUACUUUCUGUGAAGUAUGAACAGUCUGAGAAACAGGAAAAUCUACGCUUGUUGCUGAGGACACGAACUGGUACCAAACAUGAUCUGAUCCCCAUUUCCUGUCUGAAUGAAUUUCCCAAUGCUGUCCAGAUGGCAAAGCUACUGUGUGAAGAUGUGAAUGUUGAACGCUUCUUUCCUGUCCUCUAUCCCAAGGCUUCACAGCUUAUUGUAGCAUUUGAUGAACAUGUUAUAAGCAAUAACUUCAAAUUUGGGGUAAUCUACCAGAAACCUGGACAGACAACUGAAGAAGAAGUCUUCAGUAACACAGAAGAGAGUCUGGGUUUCCUGGAGUUCUUAGAUUUCCUUGGUGACAAGAUUCAGCUGCAGGAUUUCCGUGGGUUCCGGGGAGGUUUGGAUGUCAUUAGAGGUCAAACGGGCACCGAAUCAGUUUAUACAAAUUUCCGGGGCAAAGAGAUCAUGUUUCAUGUGUCUACAAAACUGCCCUUCGCAGAAGGAGAUUCCCAACAGCUUCAGAGGAAGCGUCACAUUGGGAAUGACAUUGUAGCCAUCAUCUUCCAGGAUGAAAGCACACCUUUUGUGCCUGAUAUGAUUGCUUCUAAUUUCCUACAUGCAUACGUGGUAGUUCAGCUCACUCACAGCAGUUGUGGGGAGACCCUCUACAAGGUUUCAGUCACAGCACGAGAUGAUGUGCCCUUCUUUGGACCUUCUCUACCAAAUCCAGCCAUAUUUAGAAAGAGUACAGAGUUUCGUGAAUUCCUUCUGGUCAAGCUCAUCAAUGCUGAAUACAGCUGCUAUCGAGCUGAAAAAUUUGCUAAAUUAAAGGAGAGAACACGAAGUGCCCUCUUGGAGAGUCUUUUUGAGGAGCUGCAGUUUCGCAGCCGCUGUAUGAUGGGAUUGCCCAUAGAAGAAGAUGACAAGACAGAGAAUGGCAGUGGGGGCUUCUUUGAGAAUUUCAAGCGGGUGAUCAGAGGCCGCAGCCAGAGCCUGGAUACCAUGGGGAUAUCUAUGAGAAAGCAGCAGCCAGCCACCAUGCCCAGCCGCCCGACGACAGCUGGCCUUGCUCUGAGCCAGAGUGUUGCUGAGGGCCCUAAGGCCAUUGCUGCGGUAAGGUAUUAGGGUGGACUGUAAAAAGAAAUCUGGCAUACCUUUGUGACCCACCUGUACAUACUGUUUCUCUUUCACUAGUAGUUUGUCCUGCUGCCCUUCUGUUAAUCUCUUUCUGUUGUAUCUUUCCAUUUCACAAGUGGUGAAAACAUGUGUUGCAGUCUUUUUUGUCUGUGCCUAUCUCUAGCGCCAGUUCAUCUGUAGACUAGAGCUAAGAUUGAUGGAGACUGGAAGAAGAAAACAAAACAUGACUCUGCAUCAAACAGUUAUCUCUGUUGUCCUAUAUUAGAUCCUGUGGGUUGUCAUAACUUUAAAAAAAAAUGCUUGCACUGUGCUUUCACCAAAAUGGUACUGUACUACUGUAUGACUAGAUCUGAAAACAUUAGGACACUAAUUUUUCCAUUAUUUUUUCAAUUUCACCAGUCACUUAUUUUUUUCUCUAAAACAAACAGAUGGGCAAUGUUUACUCAAAAUACUCCUUCGCUGUAGACAGAAUUUUCAGAUUUGGAACAAACAGAAGAGUUAAUAGUGUUUGGGAUGAGAGAAAGAGUGAAUAUUUCUAUACACUAUCAAAGUCUGUCUUAUUUGAUAGGGAUGCAUUAUAAAUCUAUGACAGAUGUGUUUCCAGAAAAGUAUCCACGUUACUAAUAUUGGAAAUGUUGUCAUGUUAGCCAAAGCAUGUGCAGCUUAUUGUGGUCUCUGCAUUAGUCAUGUCAGUAGAAGCAAACUGAAGAAAAAACAACUUUGAGUUAGCUAAGAAAUUUUCAGGGUGGGAAUUUCAAGGUUACCAUUUACUCAAUUAUACGCAUUCUUUGUUACCACUGCAAAGUCACAGAAUGGUAUUAACUUGGGCUUGCUUCUUCCUUCUCCCCUUUAACUUCUAGUUUUCACUGCCUUUUAAUGAUUUUUGCCUCCUUCCCUGAUUUUUCUUUCUCUGUAUUCUAGCUGUACAUCUUGCUCUGUAUCUUGUAUCUCUCUGUCCCUCCCUUACCACUUGUUUGAAUGUUUGCUUCAGAAACUUUCAUGGACAGAAAGUAUUGUUCCUUGCAUUGUUGGAGCAGGAUUGUGCUACUACAUAGCAUAGCAAAGUGAAAGAGAGAAUCUGGAUUAGUGUUGCAAACUCCCUUUCUGGUUCACCACAGUUUUCCUAUCUCAUUUCCCUUCUUCCUUCCUGUAACGCUUUCCUUUUUUCUAGUCUUUUGCCUUGCCUGGUAGGAGCCCAUCACGUACUCGAACCAGCCGUUUCCAUGGGCGACGGAGUAGUGCCAUUGGCAUUGAGAAC